AUGUUCGAAUCUAAUCAAGGCACCCGCGUCUCCGACGACGACCUCGAUACGAACAUCGAUUUGCAACUCCGCGCAGACGAGGCAUUUGACUCCAAGGAGGGGCAGACCGUGGAGUUUGAGCACGCAGACAAGGAGAAUCCGACCCUCACGCGCCGACUUCGUCCUGGGGAGGGUCACGGUCACUUUGCGCAUGAUCUUGAGAAGGCAAGUGUAGCUGGGAAGAAGGGGGGCGAGUUAUCCAGAGCGUACUGGCCGGGGCGUGGUCGGACUCCUUCUUCCAUUCAUGAGUAG